AUGGGUGGCUUAAUACCCCUCCUCCUUAAACCUGUUGCUGUCGGUUCCCGGGGCAGCGUAGUCUUUCCCACGAGCAAAGCACCAGCGUCGAGUGCCUCUUACACUACGCCACAGCCUGCGGUAACAUCACCGACCAUGGCUAGUUCCGUCGGACCUCCUAAGGCGCGAGUGCACAAACGGUCUGCAUCGCAGCCGGCGCCGCUACCCGUCUUGCCUUACACGUCUGCCGAGUGGAGCAAGGCUGUCUCCGAGGUCAAGCGGCAGUAUCUCAACCGCAAGUAUCGACCAUGCUCGUUGCGCUGCUGCGAGAUCCUAGACAAUAUCAAGGAAUCUGCAAACGUUGAGCCGGCCUACCUCAUCUACCUUCACUUUUAUGCCGCCAGCUCCUUUGAUAUGCUCUCCCGGCCUUUGCAAUGCGCAUCGCCGUAUCGGACACGGCUUCUCCAACAAGCUCGAGAACACUAUACGCGAGCCUCUGAUUUGAGCAAGGCCGCGGAUGAGACCAUGGCCCGCUCAUCGCGACCAUCCUCAGCGGCGACCUCGAGCAUGCAUUCUCCGUCGAGCUCUACAUCCUCCCGCGCAUCUUCGCGGACCUGGACCAACUCGACCGCUUUCUCAUCACCCACGCCGUCUGUGUGUUCCGUCGAGGACGCCAUAACUAAGCUCUCCACCAACCAAACACCGCCAAAGAAACGCGUCACCUUUUGUGACGUCCCUGAAGAACCGUUUAUUCGCCCCGACUCUCCGACUCUCGGCUUUGACGACUUCCUCUGCGCCCCACAACAGCCCGAACCCCCGCGCUACCUCCCGGUCCUCCAAGAGGAGCCGGAGCCCGCCGAUGAGCCCGAGGACGUUGCGAAACCACCGACGCCCGAACCCUUGAACGAGGAAUAUGACGCCUUCGACUUCCUCCAAGAGCGGUCUAUCCACCGAUACUGCAGCUUGCUCUCCAGCUUGCGCUCGCAGAUUGCCGUCCACAUCACCAAUGUGGAGGAGCAACUUGCGGCACCCCUGCAAAGCGAUUCGGGGCGCAACUCGCUCCCCGCCAGGGCUGCAACCCCGGAGCUCAGCGAUGACCUGCGCAAUCUCGAUAUCAGGACUCGCAUUGAACGCCUGCGCCAGAACAACUGGCAACGACGUCGCUUUGAUAUCGGCCGCUAUGAGGCGCUUCGCGAGAGCGUUCUUGCCGAGCUGGAAUGA